AAAAACGGGUGAGGAAAACGGAGUGAUAGUCCACGGCAAACGCAGCCGCGCGGGUGCUCUGCGCUCUGCGCUUGUCGGGGACAAGUCAAAAGCCACAGCGGUGAGGGUGAGAGCUCCCUGACCUCACCGGGCGGCGGAUGGAUGGGCAGACCACCGAAGUCUGAAGCACGGGCGCAUUUAAUUAUUAACCGGCAGGCAGCGACCGAUUCCUCUCCCUUCCCUUGGAUAAAGCUAAGCAUCUCCCUCGUUCCCUCCACCCAAGCAAAUACUCCAGCUCCUCUUCGUUUCAUUUCACCCCACUCAGCCGCUCUCGAUCGUGCCGCAGAGCCAGGAGAUCGAUCGACAAGCAGGAGAAGGAAGAGCUGUCAUGUCGGGCGUGGUCUUGGAGCUCCACGACGGCGGCGGGGCGGACGUGGUGUUCUGCGUCGUGAUCCUCUGCCUGUCGGCGCUGUCCAUGGUCUUCUUCGCGGCCUCCUCCGCCGCCGCCGCCGGCGACGGCAAACGGAAGCGGCGCUCCGAGGGGAACGGGCCGGUGUUCGUCGGCGGCAGGGGCUGCGGCUGCGGCGGCUGCCGCGCCGGCGCCGGCGUCUGCGGCACCUACCUCUCCUGAUCGCCGCUACUCCGCUCAUCCGGUAAACCUUGUCCGGUAUCUCUGCUCAUGUACAUAGAUAUAACAACAAAGCAUACUGAUGCCUGGCCGGCACGUAUAGAAUGGAGCCGGCAGCUAUACGGUGCUCUCUUUACCCUCUCUCUCUCUCUCUCUCGAUCGCUGGCUCUGCUUGUACAAGUACAACAGCACCUCGUGUGAAUUAACUGCAAUAACAUGGUGUGUUCCAUCCGUUCCGUGAAUAAAAUCGUCGAGCGGCAAUACCCAUGCUCGAUCACUUGUUUGUUG